AUGCGUGUACCGGUUAUGAUUGAACGUGCUUCUGAAUUCAGUUUAUUUCGUUGUAUUUUAUUGAAGAAAAUAGUUGACAAACUAAAGACAUAUUUAAAGAUGAGUGAAGACCAGGGAAAGCUGCUUCAAGCUGUCACUAAAUUACGUAACUUGAUCGAUCGCGGCAAACUGGUUCUUGUGAUUGGGGAAGGGGCUUCUAUUUUACCACAACCUGCCACAAUUGAUGACUGGUGGACGCUGUUUCCCAACUUACAAAAUGAGAAUGUUGCAGACAUCCUUAUUACAAAAGAACAAUCCUACCUCGGCAAGCAGCAACAUGGUCAAUCUAGAUUCCACAGUGUUCUUCGAGCUUUGGGUAAAUUCCCACUAAUCAUUACCACUAACCUUGAUGAACUUUUAGAACGCUUUCUCUGGAACAAUGGUACGGACGGAGAAAAAAUGUGCUUGAAUCAGAUUGCGAAGCUGAAAAAUUGUUGGUCAAAUUAUCAUCGUGGCUUCAUUGUUAAAUGUUUUGGUGACUCAGGAUUUCAGACAAGAGCAUCUGAAUCACAUAAAGAAUACUUCUACUCAUUGUGUGAAAAGCAGAGCUGCGAUGAAAACAGUAAAUUUAUCCGUCAAUUAUUCGACGAAUGCAGUGUUCUUUUUCUCGGUGUUGACGCAGACCACCCGCUUUAUCAGCGUUUUAUUAACAAGUUUGCCGUUUCCGCUAAGACCACUCAUUACAUUUUCAAACAAGGUGAAUCUAACGAGAGGACAUUCCAGCAGCAUGGCAGUCUAUUGAAACUCACUGUGGAUUUAGAAAUAUGGGAAUUUGCACAACACUUGAGCAGCGGCAAGGGAAUACAAAAUAUUGACGACAUUCAACAUGGCAAGAUUUAUGAGAUUUCGUUUCUGGCAACCCAGCGUGAGAGUUACUUAAAACAACAGCUUCUACUAGAACAACAUGCUACAGAAAUUGCAUACCAUACUACUAACAUAACGAAUGCACUGACAACGGAUGAAUUAUUAGAGAAAGCUUUCAGACCUUCACUUGUCAAUAUUUACAAGAAAGACCCAUUCGGUAGCUUCUCGGACAACACGGUUGACAAAUGUCUUGAGGCAAUGCAUAAGAGGAAGCAACACCUCAUUCAGGCUAUCAACAAUGGAAUAAAGGUCAUCGCUGUGUUCUCUAUGAAGAAGUGCUGGCGGAAAUCGACCCUGCCAAACAGAAGGAUGAAGAGAAGAGAAAGAUGGCUCUUCGAAAACACGCACAGGCUAUUUUACUGUGCAAUACCCUCUUGAAAACAAAGAGUUCUCUUGAAUUGCUGAUGGUAGAAGGCAAAGAGAAAGACUCUACAGACACGCAGAGACUUAAGAAAGAAACGUUUGCGAUUAUAAAAUUGAAGGGAGGUAUAGACGAAGCCAGUUGUUACGCAGAAACUGCAACAGAAGGCCAAAAAUCUGUCAACGUGACAACUCAUUUAGUCGUUAUCAACGGUGAGGAAGUUGCUAGGAGAAGGAAAAUAUUUGACACAAGUCGUGAACGAGCAUGGGACUGUGAUAGAAGUGUAUUGAAACUUACAGCAGCGGUUUUACAAUACAACAAAGGAGUUGAUGCAAUUGAUUCGGAAGAUCUUAAACGGCUAAAAAGUCUCCAUGAUGUGCACUUGAUUGUUGACAAGGACAAUAUAAUUCCAAGUAAAUUGGAACCUCUAGGAAAAGGUCAGUUUGGUGAAGUAUACAAGGUGG